AUGUGGAAGCGUGAGUCACAUCAGGAUGACGAACUCGUGGGUGUCAAAAACCAGAGACACAACAUGACAGAACUGUUGGACGAGUUUGGAAGUGUUCGGAGUGUGAAGACUGCGAACGAGGAGGCGUCAGACUGCGAACGAGGAGGCGUCGGACUGCGAACGAGGAGGCGUCGGACUGCGAACGAGGAGGGGUCAGACUGCGAACGAGGAGGCGUCAGACUGCGAACGAGGAGGCGUCGGACUGCGAACGAGGAGGCGUCAGACUGCGAACGAGGAGGCGUCGGACUGCGAACGAGGAGGCGUAGGACUGCGAACGAGGAGGCGUCGGACUGCGAACGAGGAGGCGUCAGACUGCGAACGAGGAGGCGUCGGACUGCGAACGAGGAGGCGUCGGACUGCGAACGAGGAGGCGUCGGACUGCGAACAGGGAGGCGUCAGACUGCGAACGAGGAGGCGUCGGACUGCGAACAGGGAGGCGUCAGACUGCGAACGCGGAGGCGUCAGACUGCGAACAGGGAGGCGUCAGACUGCGAACGAGGAGGCUUCAGACUGCGAACGAGGAGGCGUCGGACUGCGAACGAGGAGGCGUCAGACUGCGAACGAGGAGGCGUCAGACUGAGGCGGACUGAGGCGGACUGA